UUGUUCUUUCAUUCUUCCGGUUCUUGUGCGAGGCUCAGCAAUGCCUGACCCUGCGAAGUCGGCCCCGGCCCCGAAGAAGGGCUCCAAGAAGGCGGUGACCAAGGCGCAGAAGAAGGACGGCAAGAAGCGCAAGCGCAGCCGCAAGGAGAGCUACUCGGUGUACGUGUACAAGGUGCUGAAGCAGGUGCACCCGGACACGGGCAUCUCGUCCAAGGCCAUGGGCAUCAUGAACUCGUUCGUCAACGACAUCUUCGAGCGCAUCGCGGGCGAGGCGUCGCGCCUGGCGCACUACAACAAGCGCUCGACCAUCACGUCCCGCGAGAUCCAGACGGCCGUGCGCCUGCUGCUGCCCGGCGAGCUGGCCAAGCACGCCGUGUCCGAGGGCACCAAGGCCGUCACCAAGUACACCAGCUCCAAGUAGAUUUGGCUGAGCUGAGAGGACUCAGGCCAUACCGAGAACCUGAAGCGUCUGUGGGAGUCAGGCGUCACUCUGUGGCCCCCCAAGUUUGAACAGCAACACCAACAGUCCUGUUUUCAGCAGUCCUUCAUCUACGGGAAAAGCUUCCCUACCUGGGCCUGGACACAGCCGCCAGCUGUCCAGGGAAAGAGCUGCGGGUGCCCACAGACCUUCCUGUCUGACUCAGUCAAGGACCUGUUAAAAGAUUUCCCCAAAGUCCCAAGAGCCUCUCUGCCACCAUGACCACCCCAACUACAACUACUGGGCAGACCCUGCCUUCCUGGGCGUGGCUAGGCAGCUGGCAGCUGGCAGCUAGGAUUUGCUGAGGCCUGUGGCUGGAGGCCAGAUGUGCUGUGGACAGGUCAUGCUGACAGCUGGCGAGUCAGCGACGUAUGGGGCUACUCCUGGUGGCUUUCGGUCCGCGUGCCUCAGUGUCCUCGGAGGGCAGGGGUGUGCGGCUUGUGAGCCCUGGGCAGCUGCCUGGGAGCCACUUCCCUGCCUCAGUCUCAGUACCUUCUGUGUCAGGGUCGCUGCCUGCUCCAGACCUGACUGCUGCACAGUCGCUCAAUAAAGUCUGUUUUUACUGCC